AUGAAGAUGAUUGGGGAAAGUGGCACCUUGAGGAAAGUGGCGGAUUUCUUCAAACUCGGAUUAGACGCAUGUCCUCGACCCGGUGCGAAGAAGAGAGACGAUCUGCAGAGAUUAGCGGAAGAGAUCACUCUGCAGAGUAUAGUCUCUGGUCAGACUUUAUCUCCUGUAGGGAAAUCGGACUUGACCAAAUGGUUGGAUCAUUUAGGGGAAGGAGGGAGAGAGGGAAGGAUGAUCUAUAAUUUUUUGUGUGCGGUGGAAGAUUACAAAACCUCAUAUGAUCAACUUUCUCCUGAAGAUAAAUCUUCCAUCCCAACAGUAUUCGAAACAAUAUCUUCUUUAUCACUUUCGAAUCCUGAAAUCUUAAAACCUACACAUAUUCCCAAACCUUCCCUUUUCUCCCUCACAUCACUCGUCAAGUCCGAAACGACCUCACCGACCUUGGUUUCCUCAUAUUCGAUAUCGAUGAAUUCUGAUGAACUCUUCACUGGAAAACCGACCAAAUUACCAUCGGAAAUCACCUCUUCCACUGAGGAAAUAACAGGUUUGAAUUCAUUCAUCUUUGAUCUCCCUCGUACUAUCGUUCGUCCUUCUCCAUUGGUCUUGGCGGAUGAAGGAAGAACGAACGACCGAAUGAUAUUAUCUCCACAAGGAAGUAAGAUGUCGAGUUUACAAAAAGGGAAAAUUGGGAAUAGGACGGUACCUUCCGUUCCGAUGAGUGCAGUUACUGGAUCUUCUUUCACUUUAGGAUCUAUGAGUUCGAGAGGAAGGAGAGGAGGUCCUGCUUUAGCUAGUGAUUUUAGACUUCCUCCUUCUAGACAUAAUGAAGAUAAUGAGAAAAAGCAGAAGGAGGCAAAUGAGAUGAGUGAUGAUGAAGAUUGGGAUUCUUCUUCCCCUAGAUCAAAAUUGACGACGGGAUUAGGACCACGGAUCCCUCCAAAAGCCGUCGUUUCUCCUUCCCGGCAAACGAGACUGAAUAGGGAAGAUAUAUCACCGAUCAACUCCAGUCCGACAACUCGAAGCUUCUUGUCGGGUACGACUUUGGCUCCUACCGUAAUCACGACAGCUCUUCACAAUGUAACAGAUGGUCAUCAGGAGUCAAAAGAGAAGGACAAUUUGGUGACUUCCUUGGCCGGUGAGGACGUGAGUGUGGAGAACUUGAAGAAAGAUCUUCCUCUUCAUUCUGAACUUCAAAGUCUCCUUCAACAACUUAUCCCUCUUCAACAUCUCAUCACGGAAGAGAUACUGGAUAACCUUCAUCUUUAUUCAGCUCAUACCACCCAUCCAACUUUGUUUGACCCACUCCUCCCAUCACUGAUCACUCACUUCUCCUCAGAUAAUCUCCCACGAUUCUUACAAGCUUCCAUCAAAAAUCUUCAUCGUCAUACUGCUCUCGGUCGUCUUUUAGUGGGAAUAUCCACCAGCGUAGUCAGUUUCUUGGCUACCAUCUUCCUCCUUCUCGAUCCAUCACCAUUUACAUUGUGGGAGAGCGAAAUCAGUAGACCAUGGAGAUUGUUGCUCAUUCCUGUCCUCCUGGGAGGGAUUGGCUAUGGUCUUGGCGCAAGAGCUGGAAUGUGUUUCUGGCUUGCAUUAUUUGGCGUCACGGAAGAUCCUUACGAUUAUCAAGAGUUGGAAAGAUUAAACUCCCACGCCAGUCAGCCAGAAGGGAGAUCCAGCCGAUGGUGGGGUAUGGGAAAUAGUGGAAGACCUAGGAGAAAGUUGCAGAAAAGAGGAUCGAAGUCGAGGAGUGAUAGUUAUCCGUUAAGUGUGAUUGCAGGAGGAAGGGAUAGGUUAGAAACGGGUGGUUUUGAAAAGUUCAGGAUCCCAUAUUGA